AUGAAACCAAAAGUCAAGAAAAAGAAUGUGAACAAGACCUGUAAUGCUUUGCGAAGUGCUGGAAAUGCUCCUGCUAGCGUCUCUAGUAUCUUCCCUUCAGAGCAGGUUUUGCCAUCUAACGCGUCAGAUCUUCCCAGAAUUUUGCCUGAAGUAGUACGUCUAGAAGCUGGACCCCAGAAAAGGCGACCAGGCACUGCAAUAAUAUCAAAACAGUCAGAUUUUUCAAACAUGUCUCAAACACCACCACAUCGGCCUGUCAUCCCACCCAAGAGACCUUGCUUCAGGGUAUGCUAUAUCUGUGGCAGAGAAUUUGGGUCACAGUCUUUUAUUUAUAUACAUGAACCCCAGUGCCUAGAGAAGUGGCAUACUGAAAACAGUUAGUUACUGAGGCAUCUCAGAAGAGUGUAGCCCAGGAAACCUGAGGUCCUCACUGGUGGUUUCUGUACGGUUACAGCUGAAAAUGAGGCAGCUCAUCAUAGUGUUCAAGCCCAGCUCCUUCGCUGUGGAAACUGUGGCCGAACCUUCUUUCCUGACCGUCUUGUUGUGCACCAAAAGUGUUGCAGAGGAGGUAGAAGCUCUGUGGGGCUGCCAAGUUCUAGCGCUUGUAAAUCUGGUAGAGGCCCAAGCUCUAAGUCUUGCUCAGCAAGUGAUUAACCUAAAAGCCAUCAAGGAAAGAGUGGAGCUGCACCAGCUGUAUUAAAGAAGGCACAAGUGAUAACACGGCCACCGACAAUCAUUUGUUAAUAUGGAACAAAAUCUAUUAAUAUCCAUGAGCCACAAUGCUUGAAAAAAUGGCGCCAGGAGAAUAACAUGCUACUCAAGUACUUGAGAAGGCCAUAGCCCAAAACGCCUGAAGUCAGUCCUAUACGAGCCAAAGGUUUCUAUGAUCUUCAUUCCUUAAAUGAGGCUGCCUGGAUCAGCGCCCAGAACCAGCUAGCUCCUUGUGGGCGUACUUUUCUUCCAGACAGACUGAUUGUCCACCAGAAGUCCUGUAAACCGAAACCCGCAAUGUGA